AUGCAAAUAUACAAGGAAUAUAUAGUCUACUGGAGAAAGCACUUCAAGAGGUAUCUAAAAAGUUAUAUUCCUCAAAAAAAAAACAGAAGAGAUAAAAUUGGAAAUGAAGCAAGAAACCUGAUAGAAACCAGGACAAAUAGAAAACAAUUAAGAAGUAGGACUAUCAAAUACCAUAUUGAAAGGUCAGGAGGCCUAAAGAAGGCCCUGAAAGAGUUGAAGGAGAAUACCGCAUGGAUUCCAUCCAUCAAAAGCAAGACAUCUGGGAAGAAAGAAACAAAGCGACCUAAAAUCAUUGAAAUAGCAACAACAUUUUAUAGCGACCUAUAUGAUGACGAUGGCUACACGAAUACUCAAUACCAAAACUAUCCGCCCGAUAUUAGAAACCGAGAUAAGAAAUGCAAUAUAGUCCCGAAGAAAUUACAAAGCUCCUGGAGAUGA